AGGUGAGAAGUGGCCCUGCCCUCGAGACCAGCAUAGCACGCCGGUGAGAGGUGCCCCCAACCAUCAUGAACUCCACUACCAGUCUCGGUGGCGCCCCGAUCGCUCUCCCCUACGAGAGCUACGUGGUGCAACUGCUGGGAUGGAAUAUUCCAGCGGAACACAUCGAACUUGUUCAUCCUCACUGGCGGGGAUAUGAAACACCAAGCAAAUUUUGGCAUUUUGGAUUCGCUUUCAUGUACUUCUGUAUUAUGGUCAUGUCAUGUCUAGGCAAUGGAAUCGUCCUAUGGAUCUUUGGAACCACUAAAUCAUUGAGAACACCAUCCAACAUGUUUGUGGUAAACCAGGCCUUGCUUGAUAUGCUUAUGAUGAUUGAAAUGCCAUUGUUUGUUUUAAACUCACUCUUCUACCAACGACCAAUUGGUUGGGAAGUAGGCUGUGAUAUCUACGCCCUGCUAGGAUCUGUCUCUGGUAUUGGUUCUGCCAUCAACAAUGCUGCAAUUGCUUAUGACAGAUAUCGCACCAUCGCAUUCCCCCUGGAUGGGAGGCUGCAGUUCGGUCAUGCAAUGGCAUUCAUUCUUGGCACCUGGGUUUGGGCGAUGCCCUUCUCCCUCCUGCCACUACUUCGUGUUUGGGGCAGAUAUGUUCCUGAGGGUUUCCUUACCACGUGUUCCUUUGAUUAUUUGACCGACGAUGAAGACACUCGUGUAUUCACUGCAUCCAUCUUUGUUUGGUCUUAUGCCUUUCCUCUGUGUCUCAUUAUCUUCUUCUACUGCAAACUUUUUAACCAAGUUCGCUUCCACGAGAAGAUGCUCAAAGAUCAGGCAAGGAAAAUGAACGUAAAAUCUCUGCAGACCAAUCAAGAUGCUGAACAAAAAUCUGUUGAAAUCCGAAUUGCGAAGGUAGCAUUCACAAUUUUCUUCCUGUUCUUGUGUUCGUGGACUCCUUAUGCUACUGUGGCAAUGAUUGGAGCUUUUGGUAACAGGGCUUUGCUGACGCCUAUGUCAACAAUGAUUCCUGCUUUAACUGCAAAGAUCGUUUCAUGUAUUGACCCAUGGAUAUAUGCCAUCAACCAUCCCAGAUUCAGGGGAGAGCUGCUGCGACGUGCGCCUUGGUUUGGAGUCAAGGAAAUCAACCCAUCUGAUGUCGGCUCUGUGACCACUGAUCGCACCACUACUACAGGAACAACCGAGUCCGUUUCAGCUUAAACAUCUUAAAGGAAAUCCUCAGCCACAUUUAAUGACAACCGCAUGAAUUUGGAUUUGAUAAUGGACAAUUUUAUGUACUCUUAGUUUAUUUUGCAAAAGUUGAACAAUUACAAUUGUAGAAAAUAAAGUCGGUGAAUGCAAAUUA